AUGUCUGUCCGUGUCGUGGCCCGAAUCCGACCUACGCUGGGUGAGAAGGAGCUCGAGAAGGACACGAUUGUACGCGCCGAAAGCAGUGUGGAAGGCAAGCCCUUCAAUGUCGUGCGGAUACCGAACCCCAAGAACGAGGCGGAGGAGUUUAGCUUUACGUUCAAUGGCGUCUAUGACCAGAGUACAACACAAGAGGAGCUGUUCACCAACGAGGUUGCACCACACUUGAAGUCGCUGUUCAAUGGCUUGGACGUCAUGGUAUUUGCAUAUGGAGUUACAGGAACCGGGAAGACGCAUACGAUGAGGGGAGGACUGAAGCUUUCCGAGAGAGGGAUUAUCCCCAGAUUGCUGAGUGGCAUCUAUCGACGGGGCCGGAAAGUGACCAAGGACUCUGGGAACGAGACAGUGGUCACCGUCACAUUAUCUUAUUACGAGAUAUACAAUGAUAAGGUAUACGAUCUCUUCGAAAGCCCCGACAAGCGUUCUCUGGCGGGUCUGCCAUUGCGCGAGAAAGAUGGGAAGACCUUCGUUGUGGGACUGUCGGAGCACGCUUGCGACGACCUGAAGGAUUUCGAGAGACUUUACAUCGAGGCCAACAACAACCGCAGUACGGCUGGGACCAAGUUGAAUGCGCAGAGCAGUCGAAGUCAUGCAAUCCUUAUGGUCAAGGUAACACAGACGAAGGGGGAUGAGACUUUGAUUAGUACGGCAUCAGCAAUCGAUUUGGCCGGAUCAGAGGACAACCGACGGACGGAGAACAACAAGGAGAGAUUGGUGGAAUCGGCGAGUAUCAACAAGAGUUUGUUUGUGCUUAGCUCUUGUAUCGAUGCAAUUGGGCGGGGCGACAAGAGGAUUCCAUUCCGGGAGAGUAAGAUGACCCGGAUUCUGAGUCUCGGGCAAAAUAACGGCAUCACGAUCAUGAUUCUGAAUCUCGCGCCACUGAGAUCGUAUCAUCUGGAUACUCUGUCAAGUUUGAACGUGUCGAGCAGAGCAAAGAGAAUCGAGGUCCGGGAAAUCGAGAACGAGGUCGUCUUCACACAGCCACCGAGGAAAACUGCCCAGCUUACAGGAGGCUCGAUGAACCGCCAGCCACUGAGGCCUCUGGCAAAUGCCCACAACACACAUGCCGCAAAUCUCGCUGCUCAGAAAGGAGACAAGCCGGCCAAGGCAUUUUCGGUGUAUAGCGACAAGAGCAAGACCACAGGGCCACCUCGCAACAUAGCUCCUCAGACUAUUCGUAGAUCAGAUUCCUCAAACAAGCGUCCCUCGGAGUCAUCUACGAAUCCUCGCCCUACGAAGAUGGCCCGCCCUAAUACAACUGGUAUGAGAAUUGCACCUGAGCUAUCAUCGGCCAGAAUAGAGGAAAUGGUCGAGCGAAAGGUACAAGAAGCUUUAGCUGCCCGCGCACUGGAUCAACCAGCUACAGCUCCGACCGAAAUCAGUGAAGCAGUCCAGCGCAGACUCGAGGCCCUGGAGAAAAAGAUCGAGAGUGGAGAAGCGGAGGAUGCCAGAGCUGAAGGGUUGCGGUUCUUGCUAAUGGCCAAGCAACACAAAGAGCGAGGCGAAGACUCGAGUGCUCUGAAGAUGUACGAGCUGGCGGUCCCGUUCUUCCCAGGGCAAGAGAAGCUACAGAAGAAAAUCGAUCACCUGAAAGCCAAGAUCCAAGCCAAGCGGGAGGACGCAGCUGCGCGAAUGCCGCCACCCGAGAUCAUCGUCAAGCGCUCCGAAAUUGAAACCCGUAAAGCCCCAGCAAUCAUGCCCAUCGCUUCUCUCCCCUCCCCUCUAAUCUCUUUCGAGAUCCCCAACGACGACCCCCCAGCCAAGCAGCGGAGGGCUAAGGCCAGCGCCGACUCCGACGACGAGUUCAACGGCUUCGAAGCAAUGUACGAAGCAGACUCCUUCGAAGACGACGACAGCUUCUCCCACCGAACCGCCAAGUCCAAAAAAUCCAAACCCAAAUCGGCCGCCUCCAGAUCCGCUCUGAACGUCUCCUCCGAUGAAGCCGACCACAACGAAAUGGAGCCCCCGACACCGCGAACCAAGCACCUCCUCGACAUCGUGAACUCGCGCAACGUAGCUAUGAUCAAAGGUCUCAGCGGGGUCGGAGCGAAGAAAGCCCGUGAUCUGGUUGAGUAUCUCGAGCUGCAGAACGAGGACGAGGGAGGCGAGAUCCGGAACUUGCAGCAGCUGAUUGCGGUGCCAGGGCUGGGAAAGAGGAGCGUGGAGAGAGCGUACGAGGGAAUCGUGACGGCGUUGCUCGUAUGA